AUGGAGAGGGUAACAAGGCUGACGGCGGAGGAGGCGGUAGUGAUCUUCGCGGCGAGCAACGGCUGCCCAACGAACCAGGCGGUGACGACCCUCUUCUCUAGCCUCGGCGUGUGCGCGGCGGUGCACGAGCUGGACAAGGACCCCUGUGGCCGCGAACUGGAGCACGAGCUCGCCUGCGCAAGCAGGCACUGGGAGCCCAGCCCGGUGGUCUUUAUCGGCGGCAAGCUCGUCGGCUCCACCAACACGAUCAUGUCGCUGCACCUCAGCGGCAAGCUCGUGCCCUUGCUCAAGGACGCCGGAGCUAUGUAG